AUGGCAACGUCUGCCUUGCAAAUUGCUGGACUGGUACUUGGUGGUAUUGGCAUGGUGGGCACACUGGCUGUCACCAUCAUGCCUCAGUGGAGAGUGUCUGCCUUCAUUGAGAGCAACAUUGUGGUUUUUGAAAAUCUCUGGGAAGGACUGUGGAUGAGUUGCAUGAGGCAUGCUAACAUCAGAAUGCAGUGCAAAAUCUAUGAUUCCCUUCUGGCUCUUUCUCCGGACCUACAGGCAUCCCGAGGACUGAUGUGUGCUGCUUCUGUGCUGUCAUUUUUGGCUUUUAUGACGGCCGUCCUUGGCAUGAAGUGCACCAGGAUCACUGGAGAUGAUGAGAAGGCAAAGAGUUACAUCCUGCUAACGGCUGGAAUCAUCUUCAUUAUCACAGGCAUCGUGGUGCUCAUCCCUGUAAGCUGGGUUGCCAAUUCCAUCAUAAGAGAUUUCUACAAUCCAAUAGUGAAUGUCGCCCAGAAACGUGAGCUCGGAGAAGCCAUCUACAUAGGCUGGACCAUGGCGCUGGUGCUGAUUGCUGGAGGGGCACUGUUCUCUUGUGUUUUCUGUUGCAGUGAAAAGAGCAGUAGCUACAGAUACUCAAUACCUUCCCAUCGUACAACACAAAAAAGUUAUCACAUGGAAAAGAAGUCACCGAGUGUAUACUCCAAAAGUCAGUAUGUGUAG